GGCGAGGUUCUUGCAAGCUGCAACGGGUGGUGCUUCAUUCAAGUCCAUCAAAUCGAAGGUGUCAGAAGAUAGUGAUAUUGUGGACCUUGCCUGGGGGGAUUUGUAAAGCAUCGCCAGUUGAUUGUCUUGAUCGAUUUGACGUGAUGAAGCCUUCCCAGCUUAGAUUUGUUCUCCUCCUCACUCUAACUUUUGCAGCUUGCAAAUCACAAGCGUCCCGAACAGAGCCGGAGUCACCGGCUUUGCAACCAAGCGCUUAUGAGCGGCUGACUGAGUAUCAUCUUCCCCCGGGGCUCCUCCCAGACAACGUGCUGAACUACACUCUCAAGGCGGACGGCGAAUUCACACUCACCCUGAAGUCCAAAUGCAGCAUCGUCUACUCCAUACCUGACGAUGAGGUGUUGGUGCAUUAUGACAAGCACAUCACUGGCACCUUGAAGAAUCUUGCCAUCUCAGACCUGACGGGAGUGUCCACCAAGGAGUUCUUCUGGCUGGCGGUCACGCUGAUUCAUAAAGACAAGAUCGACGAUGACGUGGUGUAUUUCAAUGCAGGGUACCUGUACAGGAGUUUCCCCGAGAGCGUGUUUGCAUCCCCGAGGUCGUGCAGCGCAAACUUGAGUCCCGAAGUAUGAGGCAAUUCCCGAGGUUACGUAAGAGAGCAGGUUGUGCACCCUGGAAAGCUUCAGGGCGCCACUGUAGAGUCAGGCUGGCCAAGGUGAUCUGCAGUAUAAUUGCAUGUUCUUGACACAUGCGCAAGUAAUGAAAGUCUGUAGGCUACGAUUACAUUGCAACAGUUGGCAAGGGCCUAGUAUAGCACGGAUGUUCUUCUUGUUCGACAGGUGCUCCAUGCUUCAGAGUACUCGCUCGAUCGUUUUUGUGAGUCGCAGGGGGACCUUGAAAUUGGAGAGUCCCUUUUGGUUUUUGCUGAGCUAGUUAUGACAACAAAGGGGCGUUCAUGUGCUCAUCCCGUUCUGCAUUCAGUGCAGAAAGGUGCUUGCAGAUCAUUCUUGUAGAUGCUGCAGUGGUCAUGCGCAUCGUAUUGGCCUUUCAAACGGU